GGAGGCGACGGCGGCGGUGCCCGGGGGGAUGCGGUGGAGCGGGCCGGCGGGAGGCGUAGUGCCGGCUCGUGAGGGAGCGCCGAGCCCUUGUCGCCGCCGCUGCCCCCGGCGGGGCUCGGCCGCCGCCUGCAGCUCCGGGCGGCGGCGCUGCUGAGCCCGCGCUGCCUGCGCGCCGCCGCCUCCCCGCUCCUCGCCCAGCGCUCCGGCCGCGCAGCGCCAGGCCGCGGCCGCCCUCCCCCAGCGCCUCCCGGGCGGCGGCGGGAGGCAGCAGGGGCGCGAUGGCGUCCUACGUGGAUAACAGCUUCCGCCAGGCGGUGAUGAAGAACCCGGCGGAGCGGAGCCCCCAGGACUUGGAGAUUGUGUAUUCAUAUUUACAUGGAAUGGAAGCAUUGUCUAAUCUGAGAGAGCAUCAGCUAAGACUGAUGUGUGAAACCGUUAGAUAUGAAAGGCAUGAAGCAAAUGAAGUGCUGUACUACCCUGAUGAUAUUGGUACCUGUUGGUAUAUCCUGCUGUCUGGUUCAGUCUUCAUUAAAGAAUCCAUGUUUCUUCCAAGGAGCAGUUUUGGCAAGCGUUCUGCCGGCAGCUUCAGACGUGGAUGUGAAUGCAUUGUUUUAGAGCCAUCUGAAAUGAUUGUGGUUGAUUACAUGGAAGAAAAUGAGGAAUAUUUCCAGCGUCAAGCAUCUCACAGGCAGUCUCGAAGAAGAUUUAGGAAAAUCAACCAGAAAGGGGAGCGGCAAACAAUUAUUGAUACUGUUGACCCUUAUCCUGUGGGGAAGCCACCUCUUCCUAGAGGCUACCAUACGCUUCCUGCAGAUUUCACAAAGCUGCACCUUACUGACAGUCUCCACCCACAGGUGACUCACGUUUCAUCUAGUCACUCAGGAUGUAGCAUCACUAGUGAUUCAGGAAGCAGCAGCCUUUCUGAUAUCUACCAGGCUACAGAAAGUGAGGCUGGUGAUAUGGAUCUCAGUGGAUUGCCAGAGACAGCAGUGGAUUCUGAGGAUGAUGAUGAUGAAGAAGAUAUUGAAAGGGCAUCAGAUCCUUUGAUGAGCAGGGAUAUUGUUAGAGACUGCUUGGAGAAAGACCCAAUAGACAGGACAGAUGACGACAUUGAACAACUACUGGAAUUCAUGCAUCAAUUGCCUGCUUUUGCCAACAUGACAAUGUCAGUGCGGAGAGAGCUCUGUGCUGUGAUGGUGUUUGCAGUUGUGGAGAGAGCAGGAACUAUUGUACUAAACGAUGGGGAAGAGCUGGAUUCCUGGUCAGUCAUUUUGAAUGGCUCUGUGGAGGUGACAUACCCUGAUGGAAGAACAGAGAUACUGUGCAUGGGGAACAGUUUUGGUGUUUCCCCCACCAUGGAAAAGGAAUAUAUGAAAGGAGUGAUGAGAACCAAAGUGGAUGACUGCCAGUUUGUCUGUAUAGCCCAGCAAGAUUAUUGCCGCAUCCUCAAUCAGGUGGAAAAGAACAUGCAGAAGGUAGAAGAGGAAGGGGAGAUUGUGAUGGUGAAGGAGCACAGGGAGCUUGACCGCACUGGAACAAGAAAAGGUCACAUUGUCAUCAAGGGAACAGCUGAAAGGUUAACAAUGCAUUUGGUGGAAGAGCACUCUGUGGUAGACCCAACAUUUAUAGAAGACUUCCUGUUGACAUAUAGGACCUUUCUUUCCAGCCCAAUGGAAGUGGGCAAGAAGUUGUUGGAGUGGUUCAAUGACCCCAGCCUCAGGGAUAAGGUUACACGGGUAGUAUUGUUGUGGGUGAACAAUCACUUCAAUGAUUUUGAAGGAGAUCCUGCUAUGACUCGAUUUCUGGAAGAAUUUGAGAACAAUUUGGAGAGAGAGAAAAUGGGUGGACAUUUGAGGCUGUUAAAUAUUGCUUGUGCUGCUAAAGCUAAACGAAGAUUGAUAACCCUAACAAAGCCAUCUCGAGAAGCCCCUUUGCCUUUUAUCUUGCUGGGAGGGUCAGAAAAGGGAUUUGGAAUCUUUGUUGACAGUGUAGAUUUUGGAAGCAAAGCUACAGAAGCAGGCUUGAAACGUGGAGACCAGAUAUUGGAAGUCAAUGGUCAAAACUUUGAAAACAUUCAGCUGACAAAAGCCAUGGAAAUCCUUAGAAAUAACACUCAUCUGUCUAUCACUGUGAAAACCAAUUUAUUUGUUUUUAAAGAACUCUUAACACGGUUGUCAGAGGAAAAGAGAAAUGGUGCUCCCCACCUACCUAAAAUUGGUGAUAUUAAAAAGGCAAGUCGUUAUUCCAUCCCUGACCUUGCUGUUGAUGUGGAGCAGGUAAUAGGAUUAGAAAAAGUAAAUAAGAAAAGCAAAGCCAACACAGUUGGAGGAAGAAAUAAGUUAAAGAAGAUACUUGACAAGACUCGGAUCAGUAUUCUGCCUCAGAAACCAUACAAUGACAUUGGAAUUGGCCAGUCUCAGGAUGACAGCAUUGUGGGACUGAGGCAAACAAAGCACAUUCCUCCUGCUUUACCUGUCAGUGGAACCCUGUCAUCCAGUAAUCCUGACCUGCUGCAGUCUCAUCACCGCAUCUUAGACUUCAGUACUACUCCAGACUUACCAGACCAAGUUCUGCGUGUUUUCAAGGCAGACCAGCAAAGUCGCUACAUAAUGAUCAGCAAGGACACAACAGCAAAGGAAGUGGUCAUCCAGGCCAUCAGGGAAUUUGCUCUGACUGCAACCCCGGAUGCGUAUUCACUAUGCGAAGUCUCUGUCACACCUGAGGGUGUCAUCAAACAAAGGAGGCUUCCUGAUCAGCUGUCCAAGCUUGCUGACAGGAUACAGCUGAGUGGCAGGUAUUACCUGAAGAACAACAUGGAAACAGAAACUCUUUGUUCAGAUGAAGAUGCUCAAGAAUUACUAAGGGAAAGCCAAAUUUCCCUACUACAGCUCAGUACUGUUGAGGUCGCUACCCAACUCUCCAUGAGAAACUUCGAGCUGUUCCGUAAUAUCGAGCCCACGGAAUACAUAGAUGACUUGUUUAAACUCAAAUCAAAAACAGGUUGCACUAAUCUAAAAAGGUUUGAAGAGGUGAUAAAUCAAGAAACGUUCUGGGUGGCUUCUGAGAUUCUAAGAGAAACCAACCAGCUGAAAAGGAUGAAGAUCAUUAAGCAUUUCAUUAAGAUAGCGCUACACUGCAGAGAAUGCAAGAACUUCAACUCGAUGUUUGCCAUCAUUAGUGGCCUGAAUUUGGCACCAGUUGCAAGGCUCCGAACUACUUGGGAAAAGCUUCCAAGCAAAUAUGAAAAACUGUUUCAAGAUCUGCAAGACUUGUUUGAUCCAUCUAGGAAUAUGGCAAAAUAUCGUAAUGUCCUUAACAGCCAAAACCUACAGCCCCCUAUUAUCCCCCUGUUUCCUGUCAUCAAAAAAGACCUUACAUUCCUUCAUGAAGGAAAUGAUUCUAAAGUGGAGGGCCUGGUGAAUUUUGAGAAGCUGCGGAUGAUUGCGAAGGAGAUACGCCAUGUUGGUCGCAUGGCGUCCGUGAACAUGGAUCCUGCUCUCAUGUUCAGAACAAGGAAGAAGAAAUGGAGGAGUUUGGGGUCUCUCAGCCAGGGCAGUGCCAAUGCAGCUGUGCUGGAUGUUGCACAAGCAGGGGGGCAUAAAAAGCGGGUCCGUCGCAGCUCCUUUCUUAAUGCUAAAAAGCUCUAUGAAGAUGCUCAGAUGGCACGGAAAGUAAAGCAGUAUCUCUCAAACUUGGAUCUGGAAAUGGAUGAAGAGAGCCUCCAGAUACUCUCACUGCAGUGUGAGCCAGCCACAAACACAUUGCCGAAGAACACGGGAGACAAGCGAUCCGGGAAAUCUGAAACGUCGCCAGUGGCUCCCCGGGCAGGCAUCCAGCAGAAAGUGCAGCAGCAGCAGCACAAAGUAAACCAAGCAUUGCAGGUCCCAGCCGUGUCUCUUUAUCCCUCUCGCAAGAAAGUGCCAGUCAAAGACCUCCCACCAUUCGGCAUUAACUCCCCACAAGCUUUAAAGAAAAUCCUUUCGUUAUCGGAAGAAGGAAGUUUGGAUCGCCACAAGAAACAGUCUGAAGACACUGUCUCAAGUGCAUCUUCACAGCUGUCUUCUCCUCCUACUUCACCACAGAGCUCUCCAAGGAAAGGCUACACUUUGGCUCCAAGCAGCACCGUGGAUAACUUCUCUGAUUCUGGUCACAGUGAAAUUUCUUCUAGAUCUAGUAUUGUCAGCAAUUCCUCUUUUGACUCUAUGCCAGUCUCCCUGCAUGAUGAGAGGAGACAGAGGCAUUCUGUCAGCAUCGUAGAGACAAAUCUUGGUGUGGGAAGGAUUGAUAGAAGAAUCCUGAUUGAACCAGAUCAAUACAGCUUAGGUUGUUUCUUUGUGCGUCUUGUUCAUGAUUCCCAAUUCCAACACUGGAUUUUUUGUCCCCCUCAUCACUGUGUAUCCAGCUCAUAUGCACCGCUGUCAGAGACCAGAGGCCUGUAUGCUGGAGCAACUGUACUUUCUUCUCCUAGUACAGAAGAGCUGUCGCAGGACCAGGGGGACAGAGCCUCGCUCGACGCAGCUGACAGUGGCCGUGGGAGCUGGACCUCUUGUUCGAGUGGCUCUCAUGAUAACAUCCAGACAAUACAGCACCAGAGGAGCUGGGAGACUCUGCCUUUUGGACAUGCUCAUUUCGACAGUUCAGGCGAUGGGGCGGGCCUGUGGGCCUCGGGCGGCCACAUGGACCAGCUGAUGUUCCCUGACCAUGGUACAAAGUAUGGCAGGCAGAGUCAAGGUAGGGAGGGCCUUGAUCAAGCACAGUCCAGAGCAAGCUGGGCAUCUUCCACAGGAUACUGGGGAGAGGACUCGGAGGGUGAUACAGGCACCAUAAAGCGGCGGGGUGGGAAGGAUGUUUCGAUUGAAGCUGAAACCAGUAGCAUGACAUCUGCACCAGCAGAGGAGACAAAGCCAGCUCCUGUCCCCACUCACACAGCAGCAGCAUCAAGCAGUACAAAGGGGCUUGUUGCAAGAAAAGAGGGUCGAUAUCGGGAACCACCCCCAACUCCUCCUGGUUAUGUAGGAAUACCUAUUGCUGAGUUUGCAGAAGGUGGCUCCCAUCCAACCAGGAAGCCUCCAGACUACAACAUAGCACUUCAGAGGUCCAGAAUGGUGGCACGGACAUGUGAGACUCAUGGGACAGCAACUCCACAGCAGCAGUCUCACGGCCAUUCAGCUGGCAGGCCCGUGAACAAACCUCAGUGGCAUAAACCAAAUGAGUCAGAUCCACGUCUUGCUCACUAUCCAUCUCAAGGGUUUUCCACAGAGGAAGACGAAGAUGAACAAGUCUCUGCUGUCUAAGACUUGGGCUUUUCUGGAUCCAGAGUGAGCCACCUUAAAGGAGAGCACAAGAAGACGUCCCUAGAAUAGGAGCCUUGGAACUAUGAUUAAAGGAUGGUGGACCUAUUUGCCUCCUUCCCUGCCUUAAAGCAGCAUGGGGCUUCUUCCUCUGCCCCUCCCCCUUCUGUCCCCUCUCCCCUUGCAUGUGAAAUACUGUGAAGAAAUCGCCCUGGCACUUUUCAAACUGUGUUGCUUGAAAUGCACAGUGCAGCAAUCUCCAAGCUACCACUGUCGCUGUCUGCCACAUCACACAGUAUCAUUCCAAAUUCCAAGAUCAUCACAUCAGGAUGAUUAACUCUGGCUGCACUUCCCAAUGCCUGGAAGGGUUUUUUUAAAUCUUCCUUUUAGAUUUUAAUCACAAUCCUAGCACUUAGUCUCAUUGGGAUAAUGAGAUAAGUUAGUUGUCAAAUUACAUUUGGCCUUUAACCUACAAAGAGAAAAUUGCUUUGAGAUCCUUCAAGGAGGCAGUGCUUAUUUGCUUGUUUACAAUGCCUUUGUUACAAUUUUGUAUGUUUGCGUUUGGGAGAUCAAAUAGUGCAUCUGAAUAGUAAUUACAGUAUUAUUUCACACCUGUAAGUAGGGUUGCCAGCCUGAGCUCCUGGAAGAAUAUUGCUAUCACAUGGCUGAGUAGGGCAGAAGGGAAGGCAGAGGUUGCAGGAUGCAGCCUUUCCUUGACCACCUGGCUUUGCUCUUAAUGUGCCCCACCCUGGAAUCUUCACAAGUUUGUAAAUGUUAGUGUUAAUGGCAUCCUCAUCCGGGUCUGGUGUAAAUGCAGAAACACAGUGCUCACAACUGGUCAGUAAUGGAAGAGGACACAGUGUGUCUCAUACCUGUGCCUUGUGGAAUACAGGAUGGCAUGCUAAAAAAGUGUCCCAUUGUAAUAAGACAGAUGGCAACCCCACAGUUAAGUUAUAUAUAUUUUUUUUUUAACUAUAUAGUAGUUAUAUUAAAAUAAAAAUUAACUGGAUAACAUUGCAGUGAAGGCAAGUUGGGAUGUCACAGCUCGUGUCAGCUGUUAACACUGAUCUAAUAACCUCCAUCUAUUGACUUCAACAUUAGGGGAUAAUCGAGCCUUUAAAUGAAAAAAAAUAAAAUAACAGUUAGAUUUGCCAGCCUUUGCAAUGCAGAAAUAGUCACAACUGUUAAUGGCUUCAUGGAACACUGCAUGUGUAGAGAAGGCCAAUGUGUAGCAACCACCUGCUCACAGCUGCUAUUAACCCUAUAAUGACUGAAAUGACCCUCCCCUCUAUUUUUGUGUUGUUUUUGCACAGACUCCGGAGAAGUGAAGGCUGCCAAUCCGAGUAGUACUCAAAUGUGAGGAACUGCUGGUCUUGGAUUUUUUUUUUUUUUUUCCAUUGAACUCAGCUGAUCAUAUUGAUCAGUAGAUAAACGUAAAUAGCUUCAACUUUUAAAGAUCAAAUUGCAGUGUUUUUUCACUGUAUCAAACAAAUGUCAGUGCUUUAUUUAAUUCUCUCUUCAGUAAUCAUAGCUUUUGUCUAUUUGCUUAUAUACCACAUUGUCAAUUAUGCAUUUGUAAUUUUAUAUGUAAUAUGCAUUAUCUGCCAGUUUUAUUCUCAAGGCUAUGGACCUCAUGUGCAUAUAGAAAUACAAAAUCCUAGCUCUAUCACAAGUUGCACAAAUGUUAUAUAAGCAUUAAGUAAUUGUAGACCAUAGGACUGCUAAUCUCAGUUCGCUCUGUGAUGUCAAGUGCAGAAUGUACAAUUAACUGGUGAUUUCCUCAUACUUUUGAUACUACUUGUACCUGUAUGUCUUUUAGAAAGACAUUGGUGGAGUCUGUAUCCUUUUGUAUUUUUAAUACAAUAAUUGUACAUAUUGGUUAUAUUUUUGUUGAAAAUGGUAGAAAUGUACUAUGUUUAUGCUUCUACAUCCAGUUUGUAUGAAGCUGGAAAAUAAAUAAAUAUAACAUUAAUGAAGUCCAUAUUGAUUCUUAUGCAUUUUCCAUGUUCCACAUACUUGAACAAAUUUAUGAAAAAAUUUUAUUUCUCUGUGUAUUAAUAUUAAAGGGACAUUGCCAAGUGA